UUCUUUUCUUUAUCAUUAUCAAAUAUUUAACGUUGAAUCUUUUCAUUCGCAUUUGACCGAAAAAAAAUCAAUUUUUCUCUCGAAUCGCAUGAAUACUUUUACCAACAUAAAUUUUAUGUUGAACAUUCGUACAAUUGAUCGAUCGUUGCUAUUUUUCACUACGAUCUGUUUGAAUCCAAGUUAAAUCCGGAUCGAAAAGAAAGAAAUAAAGGAACAUCUCUGAACAUGCAUCAAAGGAAAAAAAUUUCCGAAAAGAUCAACAGUGACAAACGUACAUCUGCAUCAUUGGGACAAAUUCUAAAAUAUGCAACAAAAUAUGACCAUUUAUUUAUAUUUAUUGGUAUUUUUGGUUCUACAUUGGCCGGUGUGAAUUGGCCAUUGUUGAACGUAACGUUUGGUAAAGUGGUCGGUGUGUUCGUACAAUUUGAACAUGAAAAUCCAAAUCAAACGGAAACCCAUGAUGAAACACGUGAUAAAUUCAUGUACAAUGUCUACUAUUGGUCAGGAUUGACAUUCAUUUCUUUCAUACUAUUUGUUGUUGGCAAUCUUCUCACUCUAUAUUCAUUUCAAUUAUUGGCCUUCAAUCUGGCGAACAAUAUAAAGCGACGAUAUUUUCAUUCAAUUAUCACGCAAGAGCUAGCAUGGCAUGAUCAACAUAAUUCCGGAGAGUUUGCAGCGAGAAUAGCCAGUGAUUUCAAAAAAUUCGAAAAUGGUUUUAACGAAAACCUUGGACUUUUGAUAUAUAAUGUUGUAGGUGCAGCAAUGAAUCUUAUUAUUGGAUUCUGGUAUGGUUGGAAACUAUCUUUGGCUAUCGUUGCUAUGGCUCCGUUGAUUGUUAUCACUUCGUUCGUUAUGACAAAGUUUCAAAGCCAUUAUACACAAAAAGAAUUGACAGAAUAUUCAUCGGCUAGUUCGGUGGCAGAGGAAGCCAUUUCAGCCAUUCGAACUGUCUUUGCUUUCAGUGGUCAAUAUAAAGAAUUGAAACGCUAUGAAACACGAUUACAUCCUGCCAUGGUGUAUGGAUUCAAAAGAAACAUUGUCAACGCUAUCGGAAAUUCGAUAAAUUGGGCUACAUUGUAUGUAAGCUUUGCGGUUGGUUUAUGGUACGGUGUAAAGUUAAUCAUAUCACCUACUGAUGUCUAUACAAUUGACGAUAUUGUCAUCAUAUUCUGGGGCAUAACCGGAUGUGGUUACAAUAUUGGCUACGCUGCACCAUUCUAUGAAUCAUUUCAGAUUGGCAAGACAUCGGCCAAAUCAAUCAUGGAUAUCCUCGAACGACGAUCAAAAAUUGAUUCUAUGCAUUCCCGAGGAAAAACUUUACGAACAAAUUUCAAAACUGAUAUAGAAUUCAAAAAUGUUUAUUUCGGCUAUCCAACAAGGCCAGAUAUCCGAAUUCUACAAGGCUUAAAUCUAAAAAUCAAAUGUGGCGAAAUCGUGGCACUCGUUGGAUUUUCUGGUUCUGGCAAAAGUACCAUUAUUCAGUUAAUUCAGCGUUAUUAUGAUCCAGAUAGUGGUGAAAUUCAGUUAGAUGGUGUAAAUACCCGUGAUAUUCAUACGGGUUGGCUUCGCGGACAAAUAGGUGUCGUCGGACAAGAACCAGUAUUGUUUGACACAUCAAUCGAAGAGAAUAUUCGUAUGGGUAUGCCAAUCGAUCAGAUGGACAAUGUAACCAUUGAAGAUAUUGAACAAGCCGCAAUCGCAGCUAAUGCACACGAAUUUAUCAGUAAAUUACCAGACAAAUAUAAGACAUAUGUUGGUGAUCGAGGUAAACAAUUAUCGGGUGGGCAAAAACAACGAAUCGCUAUUGCUCGUGCAUUGAUUUCUAAUCCAAAGAUUUUAUUAUUGGAUGAGGCAACAUCGGCAUUAGAUUUGGAAAGCGAGCACAUUGUACAAGAAGUAUUGAAUCAAGCUAGUAAAGGUCGAACGACCAUUAUUAUUGCUCAUCGAUUAUCAACCAUUAAAAAUGCAGAUCGUAUUCUGUUUAUUGAGCAAGGUCGUCUUGUUGAACAAGGAACACAUCAACAUUUGAUGAAACUUAAAAAUAAAUAUUUCAAUUUGGUCAUGGCUCAACAGAUAGAAACAAAUGAACCAGUUCUGCCAAAAAAACAGACAUUAUUAAAAUCACAAUCAUCAACCUUAGAACCGCUUACUCUACAACAGAAACGUCGAGCAACACAUUCACAAUUUGAGAUUUUAGCCUCUCCAAGUCGACCAAUACCAGUUUCUCGAACUCGAACAUUAACGUAUGAAAGUGUGAUCCGACCAAAAGCCGGAACAGUGGUUAGCGAAAAUGGAAGUGUUGCCGAUUGCUAUAAGGAUGAUGAAGAGAUAACCAAAGAAGAUUUAGAAAAUUUAAAACGUAACAAAUUCCCACAUAUGCGUCUUAUAAAACUUAUUUGGAUGGAUAAAUUCUAUUUCAUAAUAGCAUUCAUUGCAGCACUCCUUUAUGGUCUUUCUACGCCAAUCUAUGCAUUCAUCUUUGGUGAAUUUGUUUAUUUAUUUACGUUGUACGAUAUCAAGUCUCAAUCCGAUUACAUUCAAGAACAAACCAACAUCUAUGCCAUGUAUUUCCUAAUAUUAGCAACCUGUAUUCUCAUUUGUUGUAUCAUUCAAAUUUCAUUAUUUGGAAUAGUUGGAGAGAAACUUACUAAACGGCUUCGUAUAAUGGCAUAUUCGGCUAUUCUUCAACAGGAAGUUACCUUUUUUGAUAAUCCAGAAAAUAGUGCCGGUGCUUUAUGUAGUCGUUUAGCAAAUGACGCUGCCAACGUUCAAGGAGCCACUGGUCUGCGUGUUUCGAUGAUUUGUCAAGCAGUAUCUACAUUGAUCGUAUCAGUGGUCAUGGGAUUUAUGUGUAAUUGGCGUCUAUCACUUUUAUCGAUGACAUUAUUACCAUUGAUUGCAUUUGCAUCGGUUAUUAGUAGUUCAGCUUAUUCAUCUCAAGCUGGUAAUGAAAAUGAAUCAUCUGAAAAAUCUUCGAAAAUUAUUAUUGAAGUAAUCAAUUCCAUUCGAACAGUGGUUUCACUACAUAAAGAACAAUAUUUUCUUGAUAAAUUUGAAGAUACAUUAAUGAAAAAUUAUCGAUCAUUUAAAUGGAAAUGUUUCAUCAAAGCAUUGAUGAUUUCGUUUGCAUUGGGUGUACAAUUUUUCGCAUACACUAUAGUUUUUCUAUAUGGAGGAUUUUUGAUCUCAAAAGGAUUGCUUGAUUCGGGAAAUUUUUUCAAAAUCGUCGAAUCUAUGAUCUGGGGUUCUGUUGUUGUUGGACAAAGUGCCGUGCUAUCAUCUGAUUAUACAAAAGCUAAAAUUGCUGCAUUGAACAUAUUCAAGAUGAUUGAUCGUAAACCCAUUAAAGAUCUGAUGCCAGCAUAUUUGAUGCAAGAAAAAUUUACAAAUCAAGGUCGAUCAGAUGGCAAAAUUUCUUUUCGUGGUGUUCAUUUUCAUUACCCAUUAAGACCAAAUUUACCGAUCUUGAAUGGGUUGUCGUUCAAAGCUUCCAAAGGUGAAAAAGUUAGUCUAGUCGGAGCUUCCGGUUGUGGUAAAUCGACAUCCAUACAAUUAUUGGAACGUUUCUAUGAUUGCAUACGUGGAAAAGUGUAUCUGGACGACAAGAACAUUUUGGAAUUGGAUGUUGAUUGGCUUCGAUCACAGAUGGCAUUAGUAUCACAGGAACCAGUACUUUUUAGUUAUAGCAUACGAGAUAAUAUUGCUUAUGGUGAUAAUUUCCGUGAAACAGUUCCAUUUGAUGAAAUAGUUCAUGCUGCUCAAAUGGCAAAUGUUCAUGAUUUCAUCAAAAAUUUGCCGCAAGGUUAUGAUACACCUGUAGGUUCAAAAGGUGCACAACUAUCCGGUGGUCAAAAACAACGUAUCGCUAUUGCUCGGGCUUUAGUUCGUGAUCCAUCCAUAUUAUUAUUGGAUGAAGCUACAUCGGCAUUGGAUACAGCUUCCGAACAGAUUGUUCAGGAUGCGUUGAAUCAAGCAUCAAAAGAUCGCACUUGUUUAGUUAUCGCACAUCGUUUAAAAACAAUUGUUAAUUCGGAUAAAAUUAUUGUCAUUGAUCGUGGCCAAAAUGUAGAAGAAGGCACUCAUGAUGAAUUGAUAGUAUUGAAAAAAAAGUAUUGGAAACUUUAUAAUAGUGGCGACUCUUCGACGUCAUAAUCAGAAUCAAUAUUUCAAUAACCAAAGAAUCGAUGUUGCAGCCAAUAUUAACCAAGAUUAUCAAAUUCAAUGUCAUUUGAUAAUCGAUCAUCGUCAGAUAAAUGUUGUUGUUCUAAUUGUCGUACGUAAAAAGAAAAUGAAUUAAUAAAAACAGAUAAAAAUUUAUUUCAAUUUA